CCACAUUGUCUUUUUGGUAUUCUUUACACAAUAAAUAAUAAUCUACAUAAUCUGUGGAGUAUAUAUGCACAACGGCACAGUAUUUAUAGAAUUUUAUAUAGUAUGUAUGUGAUUUUUAAAAACAUAACCUUAUUUCUUCUUGCCUAUUAAUCUUUUUUUAAGAAUUAUUUUAUUAAAAAAAAUAAUACAAAAUAAUGAAAGCCAGAUACCUGACGUUCUUCUCGUAUAUAGGAACAGGUCUCAGGUCAUCUGAAAAAAUUUGGUUAAAAGAAGGACGGCACUAUCCAGAUCCUCAGAGUGUUCAAGGUCUCAUGGAAAUAGCGCUGCUAAAAUUUAAGUCAUUGAACUAUCCUCUUUUUAUUUUAUCUAGUCGCACAGAUGGAGGAGUCCAUGCACUAAAUUCCAGUGCACACUUUGAUCUAGAAAAAUAUGGUGGAAGUAUAUAUGAACCUAAUAACAUUACGUAUCAACUAAACAAGUAUUUCUUCAAGAAUAACAUCAGUAUAUAUGUCAAGAAAUGUUUAAGAGUAUCUGAUGACUUCAAUGCUAGACGUAAAGCAAUAUCUAGGACUUAUUUAUAUAGACUGGCAGUGAUAAAGAAAGACAUUGUAAUACCAGAGUAUGUUAGCAUUGCUUCAUAUAUACCAAUUGAAGAGUGGAAGAGAUGUCACUUUUUAAGAUUACACAAUUUUGAUAUAGAAAAAUUUAAAGAGGGUGCUAAAUACUUCGCGGGGUACCAUGAUUUCACAACUUUUAAGAGAUUUGAUAAGUUACAACAACACAAACACAAUCGUCGUACUAUAUACUCUAUAGAAGUAAAACCUGGUCGCCCUACAGUAACAAGUUACACACACUCCCAAGAAAGUAUAUUUGAUUAUUGGGACGUUGAGAUCAAAGGCAGAUCUUUUGUACACAAUCAGAUAAGGCGAAUGAUAGGCACACUGAUCAGUGUUGCUACAGGCAAAUUACCAGCUGAAGAGAUAAAGGUUAUGCUGCAAGUGCCAUCCAAAUACUCGUGGCACCCGUUCAUACAAAACUGCCCCCCUGACGGUCUGUACUUGUGCAAUGUAGAGUACAACCCUGAAGAUUUGAUAUACAAACCCACAGGGACAUCUGAAGAAGUAGAAGAAAGCUUGAACAGUGACAGUGAGUGA